AUGGCGUCGAUAUUUACAUUCGAUCCUGACCUUCCCCGGGUUUCAUCUCCAUGGUCCAGCUCUGGAGCAACAACGCCACGACAUCAAAAAGGUGGCCAGAAUAGUUCCUGUGGGCCAAGCCCCAUUGACACAAGUGACCCUGGAUUUCUCGAGGCGUGUGGCAUCAAGAAACUGGAACCAGAGCCUCAAGAUGGGCCUACAGAGUAUAAACUACAUUUACUCUUACGCCCUAGGCGGCCUUUCGUUUCGCUGUCUUCGGGGGCUCAGGUCUCAGGCUCACAUCAUUCAAAAUCCCAUGGCAACAGUGUUGCGGAAAGGGACGUUUCUGAGUCCCCUGAGCCGGCUUCACGAGGUGCUCAGUCAUCUUCAAAUUCACCAAGACAGGCUCGACUAUGUCAGCUUACCACCCAGUUGCUGUGGAGGCUGCAGCAGUCCUCACCAUUUCAUUCAUCCUCCACUGCCAAUCUAGUGCUCCCUGCCCUUCCGGAGGCAACCGAGUCUCUAAAUGUACCUAGUACGUUAUCCCCGCUGCUACCGGGCCUCGAGGAAAGUCAGGGAGCGUUAUAUGAAAUUGGCGUCACCGAUGACGGCACCUUUGCGGGUUUAGCGGAAGAUGAACUGGAUGAGAGUCUUGUCAACCUUCAAGCUAUGGCUGCAAGCUUGGGCUGUCGAGUUGAGGUCCUCCGCCGUGUUGCAGUUGGGUACUGUGAAUGGGUGGAGAAAGACGGCUUGUCUACCCGAACCGAGAAACUUUGGGUAGCAGAGGCCUUGGUCAGCCCUGAUUUGAAGCAGUGUCGCUCUCAGGUAUUAACAGGCGAUCCGUCCGGGCGUUGGAAAGAAAAUGGUGGCAGGUCGUCUAUGACACAGCAGCCAGUUUUGACUGAACAGCUUAAUGUGGCAAUUGCAGGGGCAUCAGGAUCUGGAAAAUCCUCUCUUCUUGGAAUACUAUCUACCUCUGCACUCGAUAAUGGGCGUGGAAAAAGCAGGCUAAGCCUUCUCCGACACCGACAUGAGAUUGCAUCUGGUGUCACAAGCUCCAUUGCACAGGAGAUGAUCGGGUAUCCAGCUCCAGUAAAUGAUGACAAACAGGUAACUGCCUCCUCGGAUGUCAUAAAUUAUGCAUCUGGAAACAUAAAUUCGUGGGAUGACAUUCAUGUUUCUGCACGUGGUGGUGGACGUGUUGUCUUCCUGUCAGACCUUCCUGGGUCUCUGAGGUAUGUAAAGUCGACGCUCAGAGGACUAAUGAGCCUCAGGCCGCAUUACGUGCUUCUCUGUGUCCCUGCAAACAACCCUGAGGACCCUGGGUCCAUUAUACCACCUGAAGUAGGCAUGUCACUGGCCUACCUUGAGUUAUGCGUUAAGCUAGAAAUUCCUGUUGUCGUGGUAGUAACCAAGCUCGACAGCGCAACCAGGUCCAGUAUUCGACAGACUCUAGCUCAGGUACUCUCUGCCAUUAAGUCAGCCGGCCGUAAGCCUGUGAUGCUUCCUGUUCCUGGAGAAGUGAACGAGCAAGACUUAGACCUUAGCAAUAUCUCUCCAGGUGACCGCAAGGACGCUAAUGCUGCUAUUAACUCCAUGGGUGGUGACUGUUUAGAUGACAUUCCGAUUAUUAUCACCAGUGCAGUCACGGGCGCUGGCGUCGGGAAAUUGCACGCCUUAUUACAGACGCUCCGCAUGCCUACUCCAGAGAAAAUCUCACCCCCUGUUAAGAAGUCCAAUGAAGACGACGAUGAACAGCCGAAGUCUCUUUUUGAUAUCAGUGAAGUGUUUGAGAUGCCACUCUUCAAAGUAUACUCUCUUUCGAGUGAGGGACAGCGGCAAAAUGAUCGAGGUAUAGUUCUCUGUGGCCGUGUUCGCCGUGGGGCUAUAUCUAUUGGAGACCGUCUCGUUGUAGGACCAAUCAUCCCUGAGUCUCGUUCUCACGAACCAACCCAUACACCACCACGAGCGAAAGCAGCAUAUAGCAAGUCACUUCCUGAUUCUCUGCCUUCUUCUCGUUUUCGGAAGUUUACUGGAGACAGUCUUGAAGCACAGUCUCAAACACAUGCAGUUUGGAAACAAGUCCGGGUUGUUAGUGUACGUAACCUGAGACUUCCCGUCAAAGCUCUCUUUGAACAUCAAAUUGGCACCAUCGGAGUUGACUUUGUUGACUCUUCACUUUCAACGUCGCUCGGACGAAUGCGUAAGGGCAUGGUGCUUGCGGAUUUUAACUGUGGGUAUCUAUCAAACUCGCUGCUUUCUUCGCAGCGACUUUCUACCUCCGCACCGCCCUUUCAUUCUGGUUUCAUUGCUCGAUUCCAUGCAUCCGACUUCUCAGCGUCUCCUCCUGUUCUGGUUUCAGGAAGCACCUCGGUGGUAUACAUCGAAAGUAUUCGGGCUGCUGCCCGAGUAAUACUGGUCGAACAGACACGACCGCAUAUUUCCCCUUCCCAUGGGAUUGAACCAGAAAUUUUCAUGCUUGACGCUGCUGACCACCAUAAUACUGAACGUUGCCAUGGGGAUGAUGAGAUCAGCGUUACUUUCUCUCUCACAACCUCAGUCGAGUGGCUUGAGGUGGGAUCGCUUGUGCUUGCAGUUCCAGUGCUCCCGGCCUCAACGGCCUCGUUGGCAGAAUUUGCGAAGUCCUUCAUGUUUGAUAUAUUUGACUAUCUGGCCCCCAGCUGCCUCCCUUACGCCCGAACGCAGCAGCUACCAACUUCUCAAGGGCACAUUCAUAUAUCAUCCGGCCUGGAUAAAGCACCUGUCCUGACUGAAGCCCGCCUCGAUUCUACAACCUCUGCACGCGCCGAAAGCUUCGACCAGCAAUAUCCAGAUAAUAUACUACAAGUUCCUUGCGAUACGUUUGAGAUACAUAAGCGGACGUCAGCGCGAGCCCUCAUGGCGGAGUUUUUCCAGGAGCUGUUCUCCAGCAUCUUCACCCCCGGAGCAACGCCCACCCUCCUCCUCGCUACUAAUGCUACCUUCGCCGCUCUCCAAGUCGUCUUCUUCGUUCUACUCGUGGCUACCUACAGCAUCCACUUCCUCAUCCUCUCCUGCAUCAGUGGCGCAUUAUGGUACUCGAUAAAUUGGUUUGCGGACGAGGUGAAGGCGGAGAAUGAACGGCAGAAGAAGCUCGCAGAGGGCAAGGAGAAAGAUGAUAGGGGAUCUUCGACAGAUCUCAGUAGUUUACGUGUGAAGAAGGAGGCCUCGCCUGUCGCCCGUUUAUCGGGAGCGAUGUCCGAUUCAGCUGAGAGCGGAACUGAGACGGAGAGCAUACGUGCUGGUCAUAUUGGAACCCCAAAAGUAUCGGGCGCCUCUCCGUUGAGCGGUGGUGCUACUGCGAGGCGGACUACACCCUCUGCGUCGGGCGUACAGGUGACGUUGACGCCAGAGAGUAGUAUGGACGAGCUCACGCUACGAAAGCCAUCUGGGGAUAGCUCUGGAUACAUCAGUACCGACAGCGAAUGGGAAAAGGUCGACGAUAAAGAUCGGUAA